AUGGCGAUUUCCUCGCAACAAGCUACCGGUCGGCAACGCCAUCCAACCUUAGUCGCGCAAACAGAUGAAUUCGAUGAAUAUGUUUAUUAUCCAUAUUAUGAAAAAUCCGUGCCCGGUGGUGGUUAUGAAUAUGUUCCUGAACUUGAAGAAGUUGUAGAAUAUGAAGAAGAACCUGUGGAAUAUGUUAUAGAGCGCGCGCCACAACCCUCAUCACCACCACCACAACGAACGACUGUCGUACAGAGAACUACCGUUCAACAUGAAGUUCCGCGUUACAUCGGUUCGGAUAAAGAUCGUGUCCGUGUUGUCGUUCGUGUUCGACCGAUGAGCGAACGCGAGUAUGACGAGAGUCGAAAGCCACAAAAAGUUUUACAUUGUGUCAACGAAAAUUCUAUCAUCUUCGAUGGAGGUCAACACAGUCGUCGAUUUACUUUCGACAGUGUUUUCAACGAAGCAUCAUCACAAGACGAAGUAUUUCAAUACUGUGGUAUCAAACGCCUAGUUGACAUGGCUAUUGAAGGAUACAUAACUACUUGUUUUGCGUACGGUCAAACUGGUAGUGGAAAGACACACACAAUGAUUGGAGCCCAGGGUGCUUCGAUUUUCCGCAUGGAUGAACAAUAUCGUGUGGAACAUCUUGGUAUAGUACCACGUUCGAUCAAUUAUCUUUUUCAACGAUUACGUGAUAAGACAUUACAAUCUAGUUCUCCGUAUUAUAUCCGUGUCUCUUACUGUGAAAUAUAUAAUGAACAAAUUCGUGAUUUAAUCCGUCCUGCCAAUCCAGACGCUUUGCAAGUACGUGGUUCAAUUGAAGAUGGAUUCUACGUGGAAAAUCUUUACCAAACGUAUAUUGAAACUAUAGACGAAUUACUCACUAUUCUAGAAGAAGGUGAACUAAAUCGAGCAAUGGCUUCGCAUAAACUUAACGACACGUCAUCGCGAAGUCAUGCCCUCUUAUCUAUACAAAUUGAACAAGAUGUACAAGAAUCUGAUGAUCCAAAUGAACAAAUGACUCGACAAGGCAAACUUAUUUUUGUCGAUUUAGCUGGUAGCGAAAAAGUCAAACUUAGUCACUCUAAAGGCAAGCAGCUCGUUGAGACGAAUAACAUCAAUAAAAGUCUACUGACACUUGGUAACUAUUUCAAACCAGUUCUAUUCUUCAUCCAUAUAACACACAUGGUCUUUCUAGGUACUUGUAUAUCGGCCUUAAGUGAUCCAAGUAAACGGUCUGGUCAUAUACCGUAUCGAGAAUCGAAGUUAACUCGACUUCUAGCAGAAAGUUUAGGUGGACAUGGUAUUACACUGAUGAUAGCGUGUAUAUCUCCCUCAAGACUAUGUGAAAAUGAGAGUAUGAAUACAUUGCGUUAUGCUAAUCGUGCUAAGAAUAUCGAAAAUGAACCGGUUGUAAAGACGGACUCGAAAGAAAAUGUUAUCAAUCGUUUGAAACUAGAAGUGCGAAAAUUGAAAGAUGAGAAUAAUCAAUUAAAGAAGAGACUAGGCGGACAAAACUCAGCCACUAGUUUGCCACGUCUUAAACAUCGAAACUAUGAUGAAGGUUCACAAACGUCCAUACGUUCAUCGGCAAGCAGUGAACUAUAUGAUCGACAAGAUACACAUGGUCGAAUGAAUGGCGUGUCUACUCAAAAGAUUCGAAGUCAUCACGAAACGUUAACACGUGAAAAUGAAAAACUCGUACGACAACUGCAUCAACGUGAUAGAGAACAAGGCCUAUCGAACGGAAAACGGGUCAUUGUUAUUGAGGAAGAUGUACCUGAUGAAGAAACAUAUCCAUCGAGCAAUCGUCAAGUUACUCGAACUUAUGCAACAGAACCUAAUGACGAAGUAUUGGAAUUAGUGCGUCGGCCAUCGUAUUUAACAAGAUAUCGAACGUAUCGUAACAAAAGCUCAGAGGGCGAGUCGCCACAGCGACGUACAACAACUGUCGUACGACGAGCAACAUAA